AUGGCUGGGGGUUACACGGGCGCGGCUCUCGGACUCGCCGCGCCAGCUGCAACAGAAAAAUGCUGCAACAGAAUGUUAACCAAAACCGCGACGCCCUCGGUCUCCGUGCGCACAGCUCGAUCGCCGCCAGCGCGCACGCGGACUCCCGUCGCGAGCAUGGCGUCGUCGUCGCUCCGUAUCGAUGCGCUCGCGCGCGUCGCAUCCACGCCCGUGGCGUCGCGUCCUCCGCGGGGACGCGCGACGCCCCCCCGCGUCGCGCGAACGACGACCGUGGAGACGAUCUCCUCUCCGCGCGGUUCCGACGCGUCCGCCCCCGGCCGCCGCGCGUCCCUCUUCGGCCUCGCCGCCGCCGCCGCUGCGGCGACGUCAUCGCGUCCACCGCGCGCGCGCGCGGAGAUAUCGACGCCGAAAGGGUACGACGACCCGGUGGUCACCCCCGGAGGUUUCAACGCGUGGGCGUCCACGAGCGAUGCCAUCGGAUGCGCGUACGUCAUCGAGUGGCCGUCCGGGUGGUGCGCGCUCUCGGACCUGAGCUCCGCGCGGACGGUCGGCGUGGACGCGUCGUUCAAGAACCCCGCGGACGAGGCGUCCACGCUCGCGGUGUUCGUGUCCGACGUGCCGGUCGGGCAGCGAAGCGUCGCGGAUCAAGGGAGCCUGGACGCGCUCGCGAGAAGCCGCGCGGACUCGGCGCCGCGGCAACAGAACAUCGGCAAGCGGAAGCGGAAGACGCCGCUCGCGAGCGGGGGGGGCGACGCGCUGACGUACGACAUCGAGACGAAAGUCGGCGGCGGCACCGCCGGGCGGUUCGGCGCCGCGGUCGAGCUCGUGUCGAUCACGGUCGUCGGAGGGAAAGAGUAUUUGAUACGAGCGACCGCGUCGGCGUCUUCGUGGCCGGGGGAGAAGGCGAGGCUGCGACGCGCGGUGGAGAGCUUCGCGUUCACGGGGAAGUGUUAG